CACGAGCAGAGCCACUUCCACCCACCACCACCUUGCUCCGUUCAGAGCAGGUAUUGAUUGCCGUUAAUAGCAGCGAAUCUAUCGAACUCUCGCAUAUUCCAGCUUUUCAACAAGCCAGCGCUUGUCUUCCCACCUAAUUUCUAUCUUCCCCAGUCAAGAAGUUACCCCACGCGACGGAUAUGACGCUCAGUGGACCCGUAAAGCAGCAGCUUGAGGCCGCGCGCGGCUACGUGUACCCAACGGACGGCGCAUUGGUCCCGGUAAGCACCAAGAAGAGUGUGACUGGCAACCAACUACUCAAUGGCUAUCGCCACCGCAGCUCCAAGGUCUGGAGCUUCCUCGGUCACAAGCUGGCGGUUAUCAAGACAGUCAAGCAGCGUAAGCGUCUUCUCGAGGUCGUGGCUAAGGGCGACAUGGCCGAGGUCAUGGACGCGCUCAACGCCGGUUCCGACCUGGACACCAAAAACUCGCUGGGCCAGUCGGCCGCGUACGUUGCUGCUUCAAACGGCUUCCACCACAUACUGUCGCUGUUGUUGGAGCGUGGUGCGAAUGCCAAUGACGUGGCACUGGACGGCACCUCGCCACUGCACGCCGCCUGCGAGAACAAUCACUGCCGUGCUGCCAAGAUCCUCAUCAAGUAUAACGCACGCGUGGAGGUUACUGCGCUCAACGGUUACGCGCCUUUGCAUCUUGCGGCCAAGCACGGCCAAGUGGACAUCGUGUCCUCGUUGCUGUCGGCGCGAGCUAAAUGUGACUUUCCAGUGAAGAACACGACAACGACGGCGCUUCUGCUGGCCUGUAUGGCUGGCCACUCGAGCAUCGUCGAGCAGCUUCUGGACGCUGGCGCCGACCCGCAGGUAGACGACGCAGACGGCAACACGCCUUUGCACUUCACGAGUCGCGACGGCAACUACCGCGCAACGUACCUCUUGCUGACCGCCGGAGCAGACCCGGACAUGCCGAACGAGCAGGACGAGACGGCGUUUGACAUGGCCGAGAAGCAGGGCCACUCGCAUGUGCAGUAUCUCCUGGAAACCAAUGGCAUCGGGGUGGAUGGCCAAACGGUAGACGAAAUGGACAUGGCGUACUCUCAGGACGCCCGACUCAGCGAGGCAUUGGCUUGCAACCGGCCUGAAAUCGCUGAGAUAAUCGUCAAGCUUCACAUGAAGUACGCCGGUUAUUUGGCGUUGGGCGCGCUGCCCGAAGAUGAGCGCGUGACGGAGUUCUCGGAGAAUACCAAUCAGUUGCUGUUCUAGCGAGACAAGUGCGCAAGUCAACAACGAGAGUCAAGCUCUAUGCGAGAGAGCAAGACGGAAUGCUUUUUCUCCAUAUCAAUAAAUCUAGCAUGAUUUCAGCGACAGAGGUGCGAGUCGACGCGUUCAUAUUUGGAUGUUAACUACGUGGUACUUGAAGUAGAAGCUAAGCUUAAUAUGGAGUGAGCCCC